GCUCGUUGUAAUCAAACGCAAAUAUGAUUAUCGUUGUAUAAUUGCAGUCUCCCCAUAGGAGACAUGGGUUUCCAAUGGAAGUGGAGAAUAAUUAUUAGGCUCACAUUGACAGCCGAAACAAUUCCCUUGUUUGCUUUUAUAAACGUCAACUCGGUUUUACUUUGUACUGUUUAACCUUUCUUCUUCAGAUUUCUUCGUCAUUAAAUUCGCUCCAUCAUGACUAUUGGAGAAGGGCCGUUAUGGCAUGACAGCCCGGUUUGCGACUUUGUAAAACCAGACCCACGAAGACAUGUUCAACGCAUUACCAUUCACCACUGGCAGCUGAGGGAUCUACUAUUGUGUCCCGAAAACAAGAAAGAAGUCGUUUUCCCAUAUCAAAAUAAUGUGAUCCAAUACAACAUGGAAACCGAAAAGGAUACGUUCCUCCUCAAAGACUUGACAUUUGCUCCAACCAGUAUUACUGCCAGCUCCGGGUAUUUGGCAGUAGGUGGACAGAGGAGUGAGUUGGUGGUUCGAGACUUACACGGGAACUGGGCUAUUACCACCACCACGGGAGGCUCGAUCAAUAAUGGAGUUACUAUCGCCGAAACGAACGGGGAGAAGCGCUUAAUGGUGUCCAAUAACGACGAAACCAUCAAAGUAUUUUCAGUACCAUCUAUGCACCUGAUUGAUAAUUUGUGCCUACCCACCGCUGUGAAUGGAGUCACCGUCAGCCCAGACGGACGUCAUAUGGUAGUGGUAGGUGACAGCAACGAAGUAUUCGUAUUCAACAUCACAAAUUCCGGCGAGUACGUUCAUACCGCUAGCCUAUGUGCUUCCAAGGACUCCAACUUUUCGUGUUCAUGGAGUCAGAAUUCCGAUAAAUUCGCCGUUGCCAGCCAAGACGGAACGGUAAAUGUAUGGGAUGUACGCAGUACCAUCACUUUGUACACACUGGGCACGAAACAAAGCCCUAACGCUAAAGGUGCAACACGGUGCGUCAAAUUCUCGACUUCUGGAGCAGUCGAUUUAUUGGCUUAUACAGAGCAUGUUUCAUAUGUCAAUAUCGUAGAUGCUCGAAACUUUUCUACACAGCAAGUGCUGCGAGUGAGUCCCUCUCAUUUGGACUACCAUAUCACUGGCAUGGCUUUUGCGCCCGAUAGUAGGAGCCUUUUAGUUGGCUUGGAAAAUUCCGUCCUAGAAUAUCCUGUCGAAACAACUGCUAGAAGAAGAUUUCCAAUAGGAUCACUGCUAUAAAUCUCUUGUCAAAAAAGAGUCUACCACCGUAUUUAUUCUACGUAGCUGGGAAACUACAAGUUUCCCAAUUUUUUUCAUUUCCA